GGAUAGCGCUCCGAGGUAGUUCGUCCUUUCUGGAUAGCCGUAGACGUCUGGGGCCCGGCCCCGGCCUAGUCCACGUGACUCUACGAGCGCCCGGCAGGAGCCAUGGCGGCAUCCAGGCCGUUGUCUCGCUUCUGGGAGUGGGGGAAGAACAUCGUGUGCGUGGGCAGGAACUACGCGGACCACGCCAAGGAGAUGAAGAGCGCCGUGCCCAGCGAGCCGGUGCUCUUCCUGAAGCCGUCCACCGCCUACGCCCCCGAGGGCUCGCCCAUCCUCAUGCCUGCCUACAGCCACAACCUACACCACGAGCUGGAGCUGGGCGUGGUGAUGGGCAAGCGCGGCCGCGCCGUCUCGGAGGCCUCAGCCAUGGACUACGUAGCCGGCUAUGCCCUGUGCCUGGACAUGACCGCUAGGGAUGUGCAGGACGAGUGCAAGAAGAAGGGGCUGCCCUGGACUCUGGCGAAGGGCUUCACAACCUCCUGUCCCGUUAGCGCGUUCGUGCCCAAAGAGAAGAUCCCUGACCCUCACAACCUGAAGCUCUGGCUCAAGGUCAACGGCGAACUCAGGCAGGAGGGUGAGACAUCCUCUAUGAUCUUUACCAUCCCGUACAUCAUCAGCUACGUUUCUAAGAUAAUGACCUUGGAAGAAGGAGAUAUUAUCUUGACUGGGACGCCAAAGGGAGUUGGACCCGUUAAAGAAAACGAUGAGAUCCUGGCUGGUAUAGACGGGGUCCUCAGUAUGAGAUUUAAGGUGGAAAGGCCAGGAUAUUGAUUCUACAAAGCGCCCUGAUUUCUAAGUUUCAUGAGAAGGGAGCUGGACAGAAGCAAGCAAAGGUAUUAAAAGCGACAAUCCUUUAAUAAGUAGCCAAUUUUUAAAGAUGAUUUGAUUGUGUUGCUAUGCCUCCAAGGAAAACACCAUCUAGACGAGCCAGGUCAGAAAUGGAGAGAGAGAUAGUCUUUCUUCUAGGAAACAACUAGAAUAAAGUAUUUGUACUUCCUUCAAUGAGAAUUUAACAAACCAAAUGCUCAGGAGACUAACUUUCCUUUCCUAAAACCGGACUGGAUAAGACUUUUCAGUGGGUCAUUCUGGGAUCAGUAGUUCAAGAAUUAAAAUCUGGGAAGGAAGUUGCAAAGCAUGUUUCAAAUCAGUGUUUCGCACAUUUCCUUGAUCAUGAUAAUCAUCUGGAGGUAUUUGUAAAAAUGAACAUUUCCAAAUUACUGUCCCAAACCAGGCCUUAAUCAUCAGAAUUCAUCUUCAGCACUCCGACUGAUUCUUAUCCCUGAAAUGUGGAAAAACACUACUCUGCAUAAUUAGUUAAUUUAAAAUUUGAUUUAAUAAGUUAUCAGUGAAUGACAACCUCACUCAUUUGUACCCUGGCUCAUAGAUUCUAAGUUUAAGAGAUUUUUGAAACUAUUGUUUUCCAAAUAAAUAUGCUGAGUUUUG